GUAACUCACGUGGAGGUGAAGAAAACCAUCCCUUUGGUGGUGGCCUGAGCAGAUUAUCUGAACCCCAAUGUUGCUCUGAACUUUGUGUUCAAGACUCGAGAAGAUUAGGACUGCUAAGAUGCCUCAGGAACAGUACACCCACCACCGGAGCACCAUGCCCAGCUCCGAGGGACCACAGGUAUACAAAGUGGGGAUUUAUGGCUGGCGGAAAAGAUGCCUGUAUUUCUUUGUCCUACUCCUGAUGAUUUUAAUACUGGUGAACUUGGCCAUGACCAUCUGGAUUCUCAAAGUCAUGAACUUCACGAUUGAUGGAAUGGGAAACUUGAGAAUCACAGAAAAAGGUCUAAAGCUAGAAGGAGACUCCGAAUUCUUGCAACCUCUUUACGCCAAAGAAAUCCAGUCCCGACCAGGUAACGCCCUGUACUUCAAAUCUGCCAGAAAUGUUACAGUGAACAUCCUCAACGAACAGACUAAAGUCCUAACUCAGCUGAUAACAGGGCCAAAAGCUGUAGAAGCUUAUGGCAACAAGUUCGAGGUAAAGACAGUUUCUGGAAAAUUGCUCUUCUCUGCAGAUAGCAAUGAAGUGGUAGUAGGAGCUGAGAGGUUAAGAGUUUUAGGAGCAGAGGGCACAGUGUUCCCUAAAUCUAUAGAGACACCUAAUGUCAGGGCAGAUCCCUUCAAGGAACUAAGGUUGGAGUCCCCCACCCGGUCUCUGGUGAUGGAGGCCCCAAAAGGAGUAGAAAUAAAUGCAGAAGCUGGCAACAUGGAAGCCACCUGCAGAACAGAGCUGAGACUGGAGUCCAAAGAUGGAGAGAUUAAGUUAGAUGCUGCGAAAAUCAAACUACCUAGACUGCCUCAUGGAUCCUACACGCCCACAGGAACAAGGCAGAAGGUCUUCGAGAUCUGCGUCUGCGCCAAUGGGAGAUUAUUCCUGUCCCAGGCAGGAACCGGUUCCACUUGUCAGAUAAACACGAGUGUCUGCCUGUGAGAGACGAUGCAUAGUGGACAUUGUUGGCAGCAUCCAGGCCUUUUUCGGCUUUAGACCCUGGCUGCCAGCUAUUUUUAC